CAUGGCCAGCAACAACCAGGCAGGCCGCCCUGCAAGGCCCGAUCCCUUCCUCGACGACCUCGAUGCCAUCAACCACCAUUUGGCAACCCCAGGUUUUCUUCGCCGGUUGACGGCUUCCCAAUUGCCUUCGGCGGCGGUUAGCGAGUCGUCUUCGCUCAGCCCCACCCGAGAAGAAGCACGGUUGCGUCCUCCGCCGUCCAAUCUCAACCUGACCGUCACGCUUGAUGAUGAGAUCGAGCACGUGGACUUGAUCGCUCCGUUGAUUCAAGAGCCUUGCGCCGACGGCAGCCCCGGCAGCGUUGAGCCGCACGUUGUCCAUCACCUCGAAUCCGCCUUUGUGGCUGCGCGCUGUGCCUACCAGACCAUGGCGGCCGAGCGCAGCUUUCAGACCUUCUCCCAUGGCCAUCAGGACCUGGUGCUCGCCGUCGACUUCAACUACUUUGGCACGCGCAUGGUCACGGCGAGUUCGGACCACCGCCUCAAGGUCUGGGACAAGAAGGACGAUGCGUGGACCUUGGUCGAGAGUUGGAAGGCACACGAUGCCGAGAUAGUUGAUGUCAAGUGGAACGGCCCCUUCAUGGGCGAGGUUGUCGGCAGCAUCGGAGAAGAUGGCCGCUGCAAGCUCUGGCAAGAGGAUGUCACCGAGGUGGCCAUGUCGGGCAAUCGCUUCAAGCUGCUCUACAAUCUGGCUUCGCUGACCAAUGCUCCCUUCAUGUCUCUUGACUUCAAGAACAUUAUGCAGGAGACGUGGCUCGCUCUCAUCACCCGUGAUGGCUACCUGACCGUGUACGAGCCCCAGGACCAGAGCAACCUUCACGAGUGGACCAUCCUGGCAGAGCGCUGGGUCUCGGAGAACAACCCUCCUGAGCGCCAAGAAGAGGUGGGCUUCAAGGUCGUCUUUCACAAAGAGAAGCUGCCCUGCUGGACCGCCAUUACCGCCGGCCUGGACCGCAAGUCACUCUCCCUCGCCGUUGCUGCCAUGAAGGACGUCUUGAUCUUUCGCACCGACAAGGCCAAGCGAUUCUUCCAGGUAGCGAAGCUCACCGGUGCGCGUCAGGUCAUCCGUGAUUUGGCGUGGGCCAGCGGUUCCAUGCGAGGCUAUGACAUUCUGGCCACGGCUAGCAAGGAUGGUGCUAUCCGCAUCUACGAACUCACUACAGUCACGGCCGACAAGGCAUCCGCGUCUGGAGCGUCUUCGUCAGCUGUGGCCCCAUCCGUAUCCUCCCGUCCGAAUCUUAAGCACAAUGCGCAGUCCGGCAUAGGAGCUGGAUUGGCUGGUGCUUCAAAGGCGCCUGGUAUGUCUCUGGAGAAUGAGCAGCAUCCUGGCCGCAUCAACCAAGAGGUUGCCUUGAAGGACGAGCUUACUGGCCAUCAUGGAGCUGUCUGGCGUCUCGCUUUCUCGCAGAUGGGCGAUCUACUCGUAUCUACUGGAGACGAUGCCAGUAUCCGCACCUGGAAGCAGGCUGCCAACGGUCAUUGGAUGGAGUACGCUCAGAUUGAGACUGCUCAAGACAACUAACGGACCGUACUCAUUUCGUCACCAUGGCCCACCAUAUUCUACAUCGAUUUCUGCACGGCUUGUUCUGGAUCAUUACAUUGGCGUUACGGCAUUGAUUGGGAGACGAGUUCACGACAACAAGCUUACUGCUCGUUGUCUAUCACGUCUCAUUGAAUUACGGCAUUUGCAAUGGGUUCUAGGAGCAUCUCCAUGAGAGAGCACACUAUUAUCGUAU